AUGAGGAAAGAGUUUUACAUGGACAAAAUUCUGCGUGGCCAGCUUGUACCGUUCAUCAAGGAAUGUUUCCCCAAUGGAAAUUAUAGAUUUCAACAAGACAAUGAUCCAAAGCAUAAAAGUAAGUGUAGCUUUUAAAGAUUUGUGCUGAUCUUGUCAUAUUCCACGAUUUGCUAAGUCAUUUUAUAUAUCGUUUUAGGUCACCUUGCUGUUGACUUCUUAAAGAAUGAGAAAGUUAUUUAUUGGCCAACUCAGCCCGAAAGUCCAGACCUUAACCUGAUCGAGUGUGUAUGGCACGAGAUGAAGCAUUAUCUGCGAAAGUAUGCAAAACCGAAAACAAAAGCUGAGUUGAAACAAGGCAUUUACGAUUUUUGGACUACCAUGACGGCAGCCAAAUGUUCCAAGUAUAUUGGUCACUUGAGAAAAGUUAUUCCUGAAAUAAUAAAACGAAACGGCCGAGCAUCAGGAUUUUGA